AUGGCGUUCGAUACACCGAAGUCUCUCACCUCCAUUCUAAUAUGCGCCCCAUGGUACUACGAUAGCAGAGCACGCCUUAUCUCCUUCAAAAUCGAUGGCACUGGUGAGCUAUGGUGCGGUGGCGAACUCACUCUAUACAUCGUCUAUGAAUUUGAGUGGAAAAUCUCAACACCGGAAUAUCUGCACCAGCCUAUUGACCCCAACGGCAACCUCAGUAAAGACGGAAACGUCCACCAUCUAGCCCAGUUUACUUUGGUAAUGACAAGACGGCGGGGUCCGUUGCACGAGCGUACCAACCAGCCCGUUAGGAUUGAUGACAGGCUUGCGGAUAGUGUCUUCGAGGAGAAACAGACUUAUACAGUGUGUUUGGACAAGGGGAAACUUUCUGCUCCGAUUAUAGCUAAUCGACUGCACGAAUUUCCGGGCACGGAGAUGCUUGGGCUCCAAUUGGUAUUCGAUAGGUCCCCGUAUCCAGGUGCUGAAGACUGGAGGCCGGGGGCUUUGCAGGUGCGGGAUGUCAAUGACAUGGUGGGGGCACGGCAGUUUGUGAGCCAUCAUAUUAGGAGCUUUAAUGGUUCUUUGGUGGAUAGAUGCAUAGUGGUGUAAGACUAUUGUGAGAGUUACUUAGAGUGGCACAGUGAAUCCGCAAAUCCGCCUUUGAACUAGAGUGUCACCGGACGACCCGGAGACCCGCCCCAAACCCGCCCCAAAGCCCAACGGGCUGGGCCUUGGGUCAAGGGUCCUUGGCCCGCUACAGGUCCGGGUCCAAAGGGCCGAAGCCUUGCUAUCUAAUAUAUAGAUAUGUACAAAAGAACUCGUUGAAGGGAGAAAGAAUCGUUAGUAUGGCGGCGAUGAUUUGUGCGU